ACGGGACCUGUUUCAGAUAUGCUGCUCCACAAGUGCUGCACAGUGAAGCAUCUCGUGCAUUUAACCAGACGUGACCAUGUCCGCAUCGAAAAGAAUAUCGCUCGCCGAAAUAUAUUCGUGAAAUAGUACGCCGAUUCCGUGCAGUACUGGCUGUGUUGCCCGCGAUACCAACCGCCUGUACCAAAGGUGCCGCGGCCCGUUGUCGCGGCGGCGCUCUCCUGCUCGAGCGGCCAGAUGGAAUCUGCGCGGUCACGUGCUCUCCGGAUGCGGGGGAUCAUCCAGGCAAAGAUGGACGACGAUACGUGAAGAGGCGCCGGCGAGCUCCUUUAACACGAAUGUUUUUUCCCCAACAUUCCCAUUGUUUUCUCUUCCACAUCCUGGUUACUGCUUGGUAGAACGUACGUUAAAUCACCCUGCAACGAAAACGUCCUAGGUUUUUAUUGCAAGAUUCAGUCGGUAUGCCGAAACGGAAACUAGAAGAGGAUCAACAUGAACCCGACGAGCUGUCAGUGCCUCUGCCGAUACAAACAUUUCUCUGGCGACAGACAAGCCCAUUCAUACGUCCAAAAAUUGGCAAAGCCCAUGACGCAUCAGCGAUGGAGCAAAGAGAAGCAUGCAAAUCCUUUGAGAAAGUAUUGGUGCAAAAUAUUCAGUUCGGCUUAUCACCCAGUUUGACUGUUGCUAUCAAGAGCAUCAAGAGGUGGCGCUUGGUACGGGCAGCUCUGCCUCAUGUGAUGCAUUGCUGUGCUGCCCUGCUGUACGCAAGAAAGGAAAGCUGCUUGGAGAAGCUAGGAGCAGCAGAGACCAAGCUACUAUACACUCUUCACUGGAUCCUGCUGGAUGCUGCUGAAGAGUGUACCGAUGCUGAGCACAGUCAGACUGGCCAGCUGCCUGAUAAGAGCCAGUACAUCUUCCCAAUCACCGUCAUCCAGGUCUUUGUAUACCUGUUUGCCCCACUAAUUCCAUUCCUGAAGCAGUCAGAUUUUGUGGGGAGUUUCCGGUUGGAAAAUGGAGUUCGCAUCUGGGAGCCUUUGUGGGAGCACCGACACCCUGCUGUUUCCUGCUUCACUGCCCCUGUGCAGCCGCACGGUCAUGCCAUGCGUGCUGCGCGCAGGGCUGACUUCGACCUUCGACGACACGAAUAUGGCGAUGUAUUCAUUGGGGGAGCCCCCGCGAAACUUCGCAAGCAAGAAUCGGUGAAAACAGGCACGAAUGAAAACGAGGGUAGUGACCAUGGCUCUCCUGACAUCAUGCUGACAAGCAGAGCGUCGUCAGCAUCUGCAAUUAAAGAAGCUACUGACCCUGAAGUGAAUGUGCCUGUGGUGAAAGAAAGUGAGCCAAAAGUAACAAUCUUGGAAGGGUGUCGUCCAAGCCCAUCAAAGUCUCAGGGGGAAUUGGCCGCGAGACCAGCUCCAAAGGCAGAUGAUGGAGUUAAGAAAGAGGCACUGACUGAUAUUUGUAUGGCCACCUACCUUGAUGUGUCUGUUAUGAGGUGCCUUUUCAUCUCCCACUGGCUGGAAGAAGGUGUGCAUUGGGCCUUGCAGUUUCUUCUAAACAGGUUGCAGGGCAUAGCAGAGGAACAGGCACGUGAGGUGCGCCCGCGCAAGCGGAGCAGUUCAUUGCCUGUGCCACGACCAGAGCCCCCACCACCGCCUUCUCCAAAGCAGCGGGAGCAGCCAGCGCCACCAUCCACACCUCGUCCCCUGGGCAGCUAUGUGGCUUUGGGCAGAGACUCGUGCCCAAGCCCGUUUCUGCGUGGCCUGCCCCUGAUGCACGGCCAGGGGGGGGCUGGUGGUGGCGGUCCACCAAGCCACCACACGAGCAUGCAAGAGCUGCGGCAGCAACAGCAGCCACCGCCACAGCCGUUUCCUCUUCGCUGCAUGGCAUCCCCGGACUUGCGCCGGAACAAACGCCUCAAUCGAGGUGACCUGCGAGCUUUUGUGGAAGAGGGGCUGCGUCUCUCGGAGCGCAUCCUGGACCGCCUGGGCCGGGAUGACGACAACGGUAGCAGCAACGUUGGGAACCACCACCAGCACCCAACCAUCGAGGUGGCAGUAGUGGGUGCUGGUGGAAGCAGCAGCACCACCACCACCACAACAACCAACAACAACAACACCCCUGUCACUUGUACCGUGGAGGAGCCUCCAAGCUGGUCUGAGCACCCUCAGCCAACUGACAGCCAUUCCUCAGCACGUUCAGUCGCAGUUCCACGGCUGCUUCCCCCGCGCCCCAGCUCGGCGCUGGGCCUCCUGAGGGACCCCGAUGAUGAAGAACAUGUAUGCUCUCCCAGAUUCUCGGCGGCAGCAUUCUUCUCAAAGUCGGAGAUGGUACGUGGCAAAAGCCUGCCCAGCAUCCACAUUGAGGAGCCACCUGGCUCCAGGGAGCCGGUUGCCAUGGCGACCAUUGCAGUACCGACCAGGGAACCCCCUGGGGCACCGCGUAAACUUCCUGCGGUGCACACGCACAGUGUGCCCAACCCGAUCAUCACGGUUACUGAGCACUCCCCUGUUGCAUCCAUCCAAUUCUUCAUCAACCAGGACUCAGCUGAGAGCCCAAAAGAGGAGACUCCUCCGAGCCCAAUUUUCAUGCCACUCUGCCAUCAGCUUUCUAUAACACGAAGCCAAACUGACUCCAACAUAAUUUACAGCAGUGAUGAUUUCAAUGAAGCAUCUGGCUCAACUCACUAUAUUACUCCCGAUGGCAGAAUUAAUCUUUCUGUAGUGCUAAAGGCUGUCCAUGCUGUCACCUUGCGAGACACCAGCUGCUCCCUUCGAGUGUGUGGAGUUGUGGUGAGCAUCGUGGAGCUGCUUCUUAAUCUGGGUGUGCUGCCCAAGAAAGUGGGUCGACCCGAUGAAGCAACUGACCCCUGGGGACUGGAUGACUUCAAGCAAAGCAGAGCUGAAGCGGAGAAGCGUAGUGAUGAGCUCUCCACACACAACCUCUUUGUGGACAGCAUCAUCAGAGUGAUCAAGCACCUUGGCUGUCCUCAUGGCUGCGGAGAAGGUCACCGGUCAUCAGCUGCAGAAACUGUACGCCGCCAGGCCUAUGCCUGCCUGCUUCGAUUGCACCGUGCAGACGAGGCCCAGUUUCGAAGGUUCCUUCGGGAACUCGUGCGGGAGCGCUCAUUGGCAGAAGUGUUGGAUGUCUAUCAUGCGUUCAUGGGCUUCUGUGCUGAGACUGGAUCGCUGCUAUCACCUAUAACUCAGAAGAGAACCAGUACAACAAGCAGCCAGGACGGCAGUGUGCACAGUGGGUAUGCUAACAACUUUGGAGCUGGUCCAGGUGGGAUCUCUGGUAAAGGCAUUGAAGGUGUGAUUGUGACCUGCACAUUCAAAGCUCUGGUCACACGUCUGGCCAAGUGCAGUCGUGAGCUCAAGAGCCAAGAAAACAUGUCCUUAUACUGUGAUCUGCGUCAGCUGAUAAGCUACGUUCAUGACAACCACGGAGGCAUAUUUCGAAGAGUGGCCUUAAGUGGGAUGCUUGAUUCUGCAGACCGUCCAAAUAAAAAGAAGAAUUAUGUACCGGGAACAAGAAUUGUCAGGCAUGCAAAGUCAAUGGAACAUGAAGAGUUGAAGGACCCACUGUUUUCAUCAAAUGUUUUUAUUAUCGAUGAGACAGCUGUUGAGAAGAGCAGCCGAAAGUCUUUCUUUAGGAAAAGAGGUGUGAGAAAAGUCCCCAGUGCUCAGAGCAUCAUGGAUGAGAAGGAGGAUGUCUCGGCAUGCCCAAGCCCAGCGCCAGGCCAGACGACACCCUCGUUUCCUCGUCAGCACAGGGCCCUGACUCCUAGGCUUAGCUUGUCGGAGGGAGAUAAUAUCUCCCUCACUCCUAAGCACAGCAAGGGCUCUAAGUUUCCACUGGUGGGAUGGCUGAAAGGAGAUCGAAAAAGCGAUACAGGAGAAGAAGAGUGUGGGAGCUCUCCCGGAGGUGUCGGUCUGGACACAUCACCAAACACAGCCGAACGUCUCAUUCGACGUUCGAGUGGCAUGAACCGCACACCCAAGAUGCCACCCAAGUCUGCCAGUCACAUGAGCCUGACAUUUUUACGUGCUCGCCGCCGUAUGGAAGACCAGUUGACCAAGCUGGGCUUUGGUCGGAGUAAGAGCAAGCAUGGCAGCUUCGAAGAGCCCCCUGAUCUCAGCAGACGAAAUUCUUUUGACCUGGACCACAGUCAGCGAGAUGGUGAGAUGCUUAUCAUGAAAGAGAGCAAACUUGUUAACUCCAGGCUAGUCUACGAUGGCAUGCUUCGAUUUGCCUUUCUACAAGAGGUUUGCCAGCCUGGAACGGUUCCUGACUCCCCUUUACUGGCUGCAGCAUUAGAUCUGAAAGCACCGGUUGUGUCCCGCGCAGCCCUGUUCUUGGAGUGUGCUCACUUUGUGCACCGCUGCAACAAGGGCCAGUGGCCCACAUGGAUGAAGCUAAAUCUGCCAGUGUUUCGACCUUCUGGCCCGUUAGCAAAUCGUGGCACACCAUCAGGCAUGCAUCGCAUUCACAUCCUGCAGCGAGCUGCUGGAAAACUCUUCUUUCAGUGGGCUGAGGCAAUUGGGGCCAGGCUUGAAGAGAUGCUUCAGGGUGAGACUCAUGACCCCUUGGAAGUUGCUGCCAUCGCAGCCGACGAACAAAAGCGCCGGCAGUGCAGAAUGGAAGAUGAAGAAGAAGACUUUUUGGAUGAAGCAAGCAUCAACCCUUCAGGAAAUGUCUGCCCUUUUGCGCUCAAGAUGGCAGCUUGCCAGCUGCUUCUGGAGAUAACAGCCUUCCUGCGAGAGACAUACCAGCUGCUGCCACAGAAAUCAGCCCGUACGUCGGCUCGUGACCGGCCCACCUUUGAGCCUCGUAGUGUCAACGCUAACCGUCGCUGGAGCAUGGCCCUGAGCACACUAGGGGUCAGCCAGACUUCGGCCCACAGCCUGGUUUCGCUGGCUGAGCAAACCCACCCAGUUGUGGUAGGAGAAAGAAGAAUUAGUUUUGUGCUGCAUGAGGCAGAUGCUGAAGGAGAGUCGGAGAACAGCAGUAACAACACUGUGAAUGUUCAGGAGGAGCUCAUUCUUCCGGAUGAGAAGCGAGGCCGCCGUAUUGCCCAAGGGAGGCCUCACCUGCUGCGCAGGACGGGAGGCUCCACGGCUGGCCAUAACUCCAGCUUUAAGCGCUGCAGCCUCAAACUGAAAAAGCCUGGCGACCGCAAGUCCCGGGCACGGUCCUCCACAUUUGCCGAAGAUGAAGAGGAGGGAGGUUUACGCAGAACGGAGAGCAUAAAGUCCCGGCGCAAGGUGAGCGCGGUCUCGGACCGCAGUGACACGAGCGAGCGGGCAGACGUGAGUGGGGAGGAGUCGCCUGGCGUGCUCAGCGACGAGCCGGCACCAGAGAGCCCCGUGGACCUGCUGGACGCAGACGACGCCACCAUCAUCGCCACCCGCAUGCCCUGGCUCAAGGUCAUCGUCCAACUCUGCGGCACCUUGCACUUUACCUGCACGCACCAGCAGUUUUGCCAUCACACCUGCUACAGGAGGCAGAUGAGGGCCUGCAAUCGGCUUGCAAAGAGUGUCCGAAAGGUCUAUGGAGAUGACUUUGGACUUAUCCAAGAUAUGGGCAAGCAACAGGAAGACAAGGAGGGUGGAAAAAAGGACAAGAAGUUCAAGAAGAUUAUCACAGGGCCGAGCUCUCCGUUGAAACGCAAGGCGAGCCUGGCGCACAAUCUGGAGAAGCUGGAGAAGGCACUGGAUGGGGCGCGCUCGCUGCACAGCAGUGCCACCUGUCUGGUUCACGACGUCGAAGGCGGCCUGCCACCCGAGACGAAGCCCCAGUCUCUACCCCAGUCCGGCAAAGGCAAGGGCGCCACUCCAGCCAAGGAGGAACAUCCCAUGCUCAAAUACCUCAAGACACAGGUGAUGAGCCUGUUUCACAGUCCUUUGUCGAUGCUUAUAAAGGGCACUGUUGUGGCGACCGAAGAAACUUUCAUUGAAGCAAUGCCCAUUGCCUGGGAGCUGCUUCUGGAGAAUGACCAACAAUUGAGUGCUGUGGCAGCUGUCGUAUUUAUCCUUGCUGCUGUGAAGGCUCCUGAGCAUGCAUCAGAGCUCUUAGGUCGAGAACUUAAGAGUGAAGACACCACCCAGAAGACCAAUGCCCUUCUGAGGUUCCAGGCACUUUGGAAAUUUCGUUAUCAAUGCUGGCUGAGGAUGGAAGAGGCUGCACACCUAGUUUUCAAGGUGCCACCUCCGACCAUUGAGUUCACCCUUCCCAGCCCACGCAUUGCCCUUGACUGUGCACCCGUGGCUGAUCCUCCCUGGAUGCCUCAAGUUAAGACUAAAGUGGAAGAAGUUACCAUCAAUCAGGACCAAUCUCGAUCAUUUGUAACAGCGACUCAGACUCGCCGCAAGCAGCAGAUGGAGCUCAUCCACCGAGCACUUCAGGCCGAAGAAGAGAAGAAAUGCAAUGAGAGGGAAAAUUUUCACAUCUCCUCUGUUGCUGUCAAUGUACUUUCAGCCUAUGAACCUGCUCUGUUCCAUGCUGUUGACGAGCACGAAGAGGGAGAUGAAGAUCAGACAGCUGAACGGUUAUCUGCUCAUCCUAUACAAGUGGCACACGCCUUGUUUCCAUCGUGUCUCUGUUCAGCAGCAGUGUAUAUUAUCAACCUGUUGAAUGAUGCCGAGGUCAGCUCUGAUGGAGUUGCAGUGUACGAAGUGGCCUACAAAGUGAUUUGGAACUGCCUGGUGGAAGAUACGGCACUGUUCCUGCGUCACUUUUUGGAGAGGCUGACCCGCGAGAAACCAGAUUCUGUGAUCCAAAUUCUGCGACGUCUGCUGCGCUUUGUGCCUCGGCUACCAACACAAGCAGCACACACACUCUACAACUACCUGGUUGGCUACAUUAUGUUUUACAUUCGAGCUCCUGUGGAAGGUGGAACAGAGCUGAUUGCCAAUGCUAUUUCAAUACUUUGGCUGGUUGUACCCAGUGUUCAUGGACUCUACUUGAAAGACCUCAAGCAAGUGCUGAGAAAAGAGCAGUGCGAUGCUACCUUAUUGAUCACGGCAAAUGUUCCAAGUGCCAAGAAGAUUAUUGUGCAUGGACCUGAUGCAGGUGGCAUCCCGUCACAAUUUCCAAUUCAUGAGGACACCCAGUUCCUUCAUAUUCUUCAAGACAGUCUUGAUUUUUUUGGUAUUGAAGAGAAUCAGCAUAACUGCUACUUCCUUGUUGAUACAAAGACAAACCAGAUGCACAAUCCAAGUGCAUUUGUCCGAGACUUCUAUUUCUUCAAGCGGUCCCAGUAUCCUCAGUUAUCAUUGGUGAAAAUGGACCCUGAUGAAGCCUUUGAAGCAGGGCAGCAGGAGGCAUUCUAUCUGCAUUUCAUCGAAGUUGGGAAGGUCCUGAUGAGUCUGGCCAUUCUACGAACCAGCCAUCAGCUCGCUCCCAGAGUUCUAUUUCUACAUGAUGAGCUGACCAAGUUACCAUCAUUUCCCCGCAAAGCUCUUGAGGCUGACUUUGAGCUCUACACCGGCAAGUCUGGAAAAGAACUUUUAGGGAUGGACACACUGCACAAAAUGGUGUGGGUCAAAUUAAUGGCCCGAAUGUUUGAAGCCAUGGCUGGAUUUUUUGCCCAUUCAUCAGACAUCCAUUUGUUUCUGAAUGUUCUGAAUGGAGCUCUCGUUCUACACCCUGAAGAUGCCAGCAUUCUGCGUCUCUGCAUGGCUACCUACAUCAAUGCUGCGCACCAAUUCAGGAACAUCUUUGCUUCUAAUGGGUACCUCCUGAUCAUGCCAACAAUCUUGCAAAUCUAUUCCAACCAUCAGACUAAUGGCUUGCUCUGUAGAACUGUCGAGUUCAUCUGCAAGCAAUUUUAUAUCAUGCACAGAAAGCCAUUUAUACUUCAGAUGUUUGGCAGCGUGGCUCCUCUCCUUGACCUUGAUGUCAACAGCAACUACGGAGAUGCGAACAAGAUGCAGCCCAAGGCAUUCUUCCAACUGCUGCAGUCUCUUGCACAGUACAUUGUCGACCCACUGGACAUUUUGGAACUGGUUGAUGCAGAGAAGCCACUGAGGGCGCUUGACUUUUGCUACCAGAUGGACCCCGACACCUUGACCAUACUGGAUGCCAUUUCACUUAGUGUCACAGUUGUUUCAUAUGCUUCUGACUCGCACAGGGGCCACCAGAUGCUGACUAUCUUGGAGGCGGUGCUGCCUUUCUACCUACAGCACCUGCAGUCCUUGACCACCAAGAGAGAAACUCCUGGGGGGCCACGAGCUGAGCUGCAGAUGAUUCACAAUGUGUCUGUUUGCAUGAAGACCCUGAUCAGCAAUUGUGAGGCUUUGACCAGAAAUUACACAGGACCUCAAAAAGCGAUUGACUUGAGGGGUUCUAGCAUCAAGAAUGCCUCACGAGGUGCUUGUUCGCCUCCUUUCGAAGUUGAGGAAGACCUGCCUUCAAGGUUUGUGAACGAGACGCUGUAUGGGUCGAGGAAGCCAGGUGUAACUCACUAUGAACGGGAUGACGAGGACAGUGAUCUUCUGCGACUUGAGUUCCGGCAGCCACGGGACACACUGUUAUCAGUGGUGGCAGAAUUCCUUACUAAGUGCUCAGCUCGCCUGGCUGAUCUGAGCAAGAAGAUCCCUGACUUGCCCAGCAAGGCUACCGAGCUCCUGGAUGUCAAGUGCCACUUGCGUCUGGCGGAAGUGGCUCACAGCCUGCUCAAGAUGGCACCAUAUGACCCCCAGACCAUGGCAUGCCGAGGCUUGCGCCGCUACCUCAAUGAGGUGCUGCCACAGUCAGAGUGGGCACAAGAGGCUAUGAGGCCUGCUCUUAUCAUGGUCAUCCGUCGCCUUGACAAGACCUUUACCAAGAUUGCCAAGAAGCCUGCCAUACGGAGACUUGUUGAUUGGGAUGCAGCUCGAAAUCUGUUAAAAGGUGUCUACAUGACACUUUACAAGCAUCCAUACAUAGCUCACCUGCCUCAUCUAAAGUCACUGGUUGCCAUCUGCCAGAGCAUCAUAGUGGGCGAUCAGAAUGCUUCUCUAGUAGCUGAGAGCAGCGGAAAUGUUUCAGUCUCAGCUGCAGCUCUGGCCCAGUCUCCACCACCAGGCUUCUGCUCGGUGGCUGUGCGACUUGUGACCAUGCAAAUGGUUGCACUUGGGGACUCAUUCUCCCUGGAGAGCAUCUGUGGAGGCUCAUCAGUUCUGACAAGCGCCGACAAGACAGAAAUCUUUUUGAUGAACUUCAUCCUUCCUCUCUGCGUCAGGGUCAGCAGUGGAGUAAAAGAUGUACCCAAGAUGCGUCAGAUGGACAUCUCCUUUGCUUUGACCGUGGUGUUGAAUGCCUUGUCUCCUCCUGGAGCCCACAAGCACCAUCCAUCCAGUGCUGUGGGAAAGCCACCAUCAGAGGCUCAGCAGAACACUGCUUCGACACGCGAGAAGUCUUCUAGUGCUGUUAGAAGCUCAUUGUACCAAAUCGGAUUUCUUGGACUGAAAAUAUUGAUUGUGUGUUAUGAGAGACAACUUUUAAGUGACUGGCACCGGAUUGCUCGAUGCAUUCGCGAGCUGGGAAACAGGCUGCAAGGUGGUCUUGCUCUUUGGAGCUUUCUUGACUUUGUUGUUACUCACCGCACACCUCUUUACGUGCUACUGUUUCCACUGAUUAAAUACAAGAUCUUGCAGACCAUUUGCGACAAUGAGCAGGAGUACUACUACCAGCAGCUCAUCAGAGAUAAGAUCAAAGGAAUAAAUCUGCCAACUCCUAAAAGCUUUGGCUGCAUGUUUGUCGACCUUGUGAAUGAACUGAAGACAUUGAAGGAGGACCUUGUUGCCUGGAAACUCGGAGGAGAACUGGAGCGUGGAAAGCCAUCUGCAGAAGGCCAUGGUGGUGAGAUGUCCCAGUCAGUCAGCUUCACACGUACCAUGGUCCCAGGCGGUGCCCACCGGCCCAGCUUCACCGAACUUACUCCUGACCAUCAGAGCAUCACUCGACUUGGUCGACCACCGGGCAUGGGCUUGGCUGAAUCAGAAGAAGGUGCUGUUGGGCCGGUGUCAGCAGGAAGCACAGCUCCAAGACCUCUGCCUAUCAUGCGCUCCGAGUCGCAGCGAGAACCUCAUCGGGAGAGCCAGCAACAGCGUGACUCACACCGGGGUCUCAGCAUACGACUUCAAUCACGCGAGGGCAACAGCCGGAGAGUAAUGCAACGCUUCCUAAGGAGAACCAGCUAUCCAGAGGAGGAGGGACCUACCCAAGUAUAUCGACCAAUGGAAGCCCUGGACAUGGAGCAUUCUGCAUCAUCUGAGCCUCGCUUGUUCAGAAAGUCCACACUCCUCAUCAAAAAGAAAGGCAGCAAGAAGAGCACUGGUAGCAGCAGCCUAACCUCUGUAGGGGUUGCUGAGAGUGGCGCGGCUACUGACGACGAAACUUUACAGGACAGUCUCCCAGAAGGCGUAGACUCGACUGGAGAGGGUCCGCCGACCCCGACUGCCUCUAGACCUCAGUCUCCCGAGACUGGAGAGCCACAGCGGCCAAGGCACCGGCUUCAACGUCAGAAGGCUCAGAGCCGCAAGACAUUCAGGUUUGGAAAAUCACGCCGGGGAGCUGGCUGGGCAGCGGCUGAGGUAGGAAUUGCCACGGCUGACGAUGCGCCACCCCCAACAGUGGCCGAGGAGGAGCCCGAAGGCAGGCCUCGACCCACUCGGGCGUCCUCCAUUCAUGGUCUGCCCGCCAGUGCAGUGGGUGCUCUUGCAUCCUUUGCCAGUGAGCACAGGGCAGAGGAUCGGUCAGUUAAGGAUUGAGAGUUUUUGUGUUGGAACGAAUUCUGUGGCUUGCCAUGAUUUGAGAGUAUGGUCAGCUUAAGUUCAUCUGAAAGCUUUCGAGCUACUACUAAUAAUGCAGCGCAGCUGUUGCCAUAUUGCUUCCUGCACUGUGUGUCAAAUACACAAAGAAAAGCUGAAUGGCUGAGGCUUGGAACCUAGAGGAAGAAGUAUGUAAAGUAUUUUUAAGGGAGCACAUUAUAAACCUAAUACAGGCUGCUGUCACGCUAGCUUGUGUAGGAAACCGAUUGUUUUUUGAUUGUCCAUGUUGGAAUAGCAAUAGGAGAUGUAAAGCAAAUGGAAUGGGCCUAACACUGUUAUGUAUAGCUCCUGUGUUGUGGCUUCUAUUGAUGAAAAUUGAUGCUGGCAGUUCAUUCCUUUUGUGUGUUUUUAGAUGCUUUCAGUGGGAGUACUCUGGCCAUACGCUAACUGCGAUUUUACAGUAUUUGAGUUCAUUGCUUUAUUUGCUUGAGAAUGGAGUGAAGCUUUGGAAAUGACAGAAGUACCAUAGUAUGUGCAUUGUGGCAACACAGUGCGUAAAGUGCUCCUCUGCCAAGCUGAAAACAUUGCUACAAUCUUGCUUGCUAUAUAGCCUUGUUUUGACAGGAACUCAGGGAAAUGGUCCCCGUUGCAUUAGCAGAUUAGCAUUUGUCAUGGUAGUGUAGGUUGUCCGUGUUAUUCUGGGAUGACACUGUACGAUAGGUUAAGACUUGAAAUCUUGCUGUGCUAAAGGGUAUGCAGACAAGAGUUGAAGAAUGCAUUGAAAAGAAUUAGAAAGUACCAGUGCUUAUGAAAGCUUCACCUCGCCUGAUGAGCCACGCAGUAACCUUGAAGUUGCUUCUGUGUUCUGUAAAGGGUUUGUGUGUGAGGACAGUGCAGGAAACAGAUACUUUUGAAAGGCUUUGAGGCUAGAAAGCUCUCUUCUAAUGUGAAAGGCCUUGCAGUGAUACUGUGUAUCCAUAUAAUGCCUAGAAUUUAGUCUGAAGCACUUGCUGGCACUGUGUAGUGUUGAAAGUUUUGUAAAACGCUACAGGUGAAGCUCUUGCUUCACUUGCUGGAAGCUUCAUGAUUUCUUUUGUCCAGUGUCGACAAGGGAAAACACAAAAGUGGUCAAUGAAAGCACCAUUUUAUUUGUGCUUUUGACCUGUGGAGUUCCCUUCAGAAGAGAGCACCGUGAACACCAGAAAAAUUAGGCUGACACGGCACAGCAGCCUAAGAAUAUAUGAUGCCAUAAAUUAGCAGCAUCACACGUACAAAGACAAAGCAUAAGUGACAUAUAAUAAAUCUGGAGGAUUUGAAUAGUAAACAGGGCGAGUCAAAUACCAUAAUUUAAUAUGUGCUAACUUACCCGAUUUGCGAUCCUCACCUCUAUUGUGCCAUCUUCAUAUGGCGAAUCAGUUCUGCAGAAGCGUGCAUGGUGGAGAAAAGUUCAUAAAAGCGACAGUUGUCAUCUGUCCAUCUGUAGCAUGAACCUACAAAGGAUACCCCAUCUUUAAAAGAUAUGAUACGAUGCCAUCACUAAAAUAUUCCAAACAGUGCAAACAAGCCAGGUACAAAGGACACACUAGCACUGACUCCCAACUAAAUAUUUCAUAGAAAAUAACAAGCAUAUAUAAAGGGAAAGCCAAGAGGAUAAAAAUGAAAGCCAGACCAGGCUCACACAUGCACAGGCUAGUGGGCGUGGUUUUAAGAAUGAUCAUCACUACUCAUGCAAAUAACGGAAUUUUUUAACGGAGAAGUUCUGGCGAUUGACUAACGUGCUUUUCACUAAUUCUUAUGUUGUAUGCCUUGGCUAUGUUCUAGGUCAACUGCAUUCUCCCUGAAUAGAGGAAUGCAACCACAUGACUUUCAGUAUAGAGUUCAGCUCUAGUUUCCUUCAGGGAAAGCUCAUGUUCCCCAAGACGGGUGUUAUGUUUCUCAAUGUGUACUGUGUACAGCCAUCCCCUUUGUCCUUGUUUUUAUUUGUAUGGUUUUGUACCCUUAAAGUUGACGUUAACUUGUUCAGUUGGCCAUCUUGCUUCAUGGUAUGAAAUUUAUCAAACCUUAAAAGUUCUCCUCACUAAAUGAAAUUUACUUUUUCAAAUGGUGCAAACAUGUUGCAGGGACAGUGCUGCUUCAAGUUUUCAAGUUCCAUGUUUUACUCUUUUAUUGGAAACAAAGGAACAAGAUCAAUUUAGGUUAUGACGCAUGCCAAUUCAUAAAAACAUAGAUUUGGUCAUAAAGGGCCCCUCACCAGGCCACAUAUAAAAUUUCAGUUAUAUGUUUGAUGUUGUUAAGUGCCCUGUAGGGAGCGUUCUACCACAAGGAUUUCAUAUUGGUUCAUUAAUAGCCGAGAUAAAAAAUAUUUUG